UAAAUAAGCUCUCAGUUUAAUCCGUUUAAAAAACGAACCGAUGAUUUCAAUAAUCUCCAACAAGUCGCCUGAACCUCUUUCUCCCUCUCUCUCCCUCUCUCUCCCUCUCUCUCCCCAGACUUUGAGACUUACUUCGGCGUUGUGCAGCUGUUGGCGCUGGUCUCGUCUCCACUGGUGGGGGUACUGAUAGACCGGCACUACGUCAGGGAACUGGGUACAACGCCAGCCACACAGCAGAUGCAGCGGAUCGUGCCCGCCAUUGUGCUGACGUCACUGCUGGCCGUGGUGGAGCUGGGCGUGGACAUGCUGGAGGAGAGGUCAUCCAAGGCCAUCUCGACCCUCUUCAACGUCCUUCACAAGGUCUUUACACAGACCACCAUGUGCGCCUUCAUCAUGCACCUACAUUUCAAUCACCAACAUUUGGGCAAGUUGUACGGCUUGACAUGCGCAGUCAGCGCUGUUAUUGCAGCCUUUCAGUUUCCGGUGUGGACAUUUUUGGUGAAAAAAUACAGCAUGCUGCCGGCGCACGUGCUGCUCCUGAUCCUGUCCCUCGUCUCGUUUGUCCACGCCCUCAACACCUGGGACCACUGCCGGAAGCGGCUCGUCCUUGACCAGUCUGACCACUCGAGCGAGAGGUCAUGCCGACCCAACCACAACCCCCCGUCCGUGCACAUUGAGACAGACGACAUCAACCUGCCCAGCAACAAGAAUGACGUCAGUGAAACCAACAAGGUCAUGUUCAGUGACGUCAACCACGUCAAAGAAAUACCUCACCAAAAUUCUGUUACCAUGGAGAUGUCUGCCGUGGGAGGCAGGAACGGUCAGCCUCGCGUCAUCCUCGAGACCUCCAUCGACGACGACGAGCCGGUCGUUAAACCCAGACAGGCGGAAGACGAGUACGACGAAGAAGAGGAAGAAGUCAUCAACUCUCUAGACCUGAUCCGCAUCUAAGCUGGAGGUAUGGCUGUCAUCUCCUCCACCACAACACCACGAGUGGUGCGUCUAUACCACAACACAGCAGGCGCUAUAUCACAGCGUGUAAAACAUCACCCACUAGAAGGAUAGAACAUAUCCCAUUCAAAUGUCAAAAAAUCGUUUUUGGCAGCAAAUAAAAGUCAAAAGGAAGAGAUUUUUUUAGAACGUCGUUACCGGAUAUGGCUGAUUCCGUUCUUCCGUGUUUGAACAUAGUUUAUAUCAUAGACAAUACCAAGGGGGACAAAUAUCGUUGCUCCAGAUCGUAAUAAACUAUCUGAUAUCGCAAUAGUGUAUGACGUUAUGGAAUCACCAAAUAGCCCAACACAAUGUCUUACAGGAUGUGGCCAUCUAACUACCUGCUACAGCAAACUAUGGACUCACCAAAUGCCGUAACAUUGUGUGUUAUGAUCUAAGAUCAUCUACCCAACUGCUACAACUCCACACCCAACACCACAACAAACCUGGAUAUCCCCCCUCCCUCCCACCAACGUCUUCUAAAACAGGUGUACAACAUUUAAACUCAGAACAAAAUUAGCCACCAGAAUUCACAGCACCAAACAAGUUAUCGGACUUCAGAUUUUGGAAGACAUUUGUCAGCUAUCAACAUUCAAUUCGCUUCGUCCAAGGUUCGAACCCUGAUCAAAAGUGUACUGUUUUAUUGAUUACUUUAUUGAUCAAUGGCCUAAUUAGGUCAAAGGUCAGAAGAUGUAUCCCAGCUGUAUUGGUUUGAAAACCAACUGACCAAGGUCACGUUAAACUACCAGACUACCUGACAUAUCUUAUAAUAAAACAUGAUGUACAUAAGUGGGUCUUAAAAAGCAAUGCAUUAUCUUAAUAUUAAAGCGAUGUAUUUUUAAAAUCAUUGAAAGUUAACAUACUCAUCUGCGUGUGCUUCAAAUCUUCUUACAUGGGUAAUCUGUAAUUAAAGUUCAUUUGAUUGUGUUUAUUUUACACUGUAGGCCUAUGGAUUGCGUGUUGUGUAAUUAUUAUUU